AUGGGUGCUGGUGAUUACAUUAUCUACUUUGACAACCAUGGUAAGGAUGAGUUCCACAUAUAUGAGGGUUUGAAAGAAUUAGCAAAGAAGUUUGAUGGUGAGGUCAAGAAGGAUUAUGAAAAAGUGCAUAAGUACUACGUGACCGUUCCAGAGGCCCUUGGUGAUGGUUUUAAAGAAGCAGCAGAUGCUUUGAUGAUAACGAAGGGUGUUAACGCUGUUGUUAAACAACUUGACUCUGAAAAGUAA